AGUGAGGAUAUAUUACAAGAAAGUAUAACUAAUCAUGAUGAUGGAAAUCUAAGAAAGAAGAGAAAGUUGCCAGAAUCAACUAAGACUUCUCUCAACAGUAAUUUACUCAACGGUUUUGUAUCAAUUAAACAGGAGCCUACAAUGAAUGUUCUUCUUCAACCUGAGAAUGAGUAUUCCAUUGAUUUUAAUAAGACUGAGACAGGCGGGAUGUUGUUGGACACAGAUUACCAGUGUAUACGAUUUCAACCUUUCCAACAAGCUACAUGGCAUGUCAUCUGUGAUGCUUCUCUAAAAGAACUACCACCUUUCAACUGCAGAGUUGAUGCCGACAAAGGGUUUAAUUACAGUAACACAGAUGACUGUUUCGUUUGUCAGAAGAAAAAUCAUUUUCAAGUUACAGUUCAAGUCCAACCAACUGGAGAUCUUCAGUUUGUUAAAACCCCAGAUGGCCUCAGAAAGAUAGACAAUUUUUGCGUACACUUCUACGGAGUAAAGGCGGAGUUACCAUCGCAGACAAUCAAAAUUGAGCAAUCUCAGUCUGAUCGGAGCAAGCAAGUUUUUCGUCCAGCUAUACUUGAUCUUAUAUCUGAUCAUGUUACUAAAAUCACUAUUGGAAGGCUCCACUUCAGUGAAACCACAACCAACAACAUGCGUAAAAAGGGCAAACCCAACCCUGAUCAGCGUUUCUUCAAUCUUGUUGUCAGUAUUUGUGCUCAUGUUGGAGACCAAGCUUAUCCUGUGGUAGCUUACUCCUCUGACAAAAUUAUUGUUAGGGGCCGGGUAGGAAUAAAUACUGACAAACCAGAUGAUCCUCUUGUUGUACAUGGAAACAUAAAAAUCACUGGUCACAUCAUUCAACCUUCAGAUAUUAGAGUGAAGAUCAACACGACUGAGCUGGAUUCACGGAAGCAGCUGAAGAAUGUGUCAAACAUGAGAAUUAUGAAGUUUUGCUAUACACCAGAGUUUGCUCAACAAGCAGGUUUGUCGAGCAAUGAAUUGUCAGACACAGGAGUCAUAGCUCAAGAAAUAAGUUCUGUUCUUCCAGAUGCUGUUAAAGAAACAGGUGACAUCAUUCUACCAAAUGGAGAGAAAAUUGAAAACUUUCUUGUUGUAAACAAGGAACGAAUCUUUAUGGAGAAUGUUGGGGCUGUGAAGGAGCUUUGUAGAGUUACAAACAACUUAGAAGCCAGGAUUGGUGAAUUGGAACGAAUCAACUGCAAACUAAAAAUAUUAGAUAGCCUUAAGUCCACAUCGAGUGGAAGAACAGUGAUCAGUCAAACAAGCAUUGCUUCAGGAUUACAGAAAACAUGUCAUCAUCAUAAUUUCAGAAAACGAGAUGAUCAGGCAUCAUGCAUGAACAGUUUUCUUCAAGGAACCAUCAUCACUUUGGUUUUGAUUAUGACUUUUUGUCUUGUUGCUAUGGCAACUCUUUAUAUCCUUGAAUGGCAAAAGAAACAUAACAGUGAAGAAAAAACUAUGAUGAACGUCUCAGUGUACAAACACGGAAUUCCACAACACAACUAUUCUCAGGAAGCAGAAACUUUUCUUUCCUCCAUGUUACUUCCUCAAUCUAAUGAUGGUUUACAACGUUAUUCAGAAAGUAAUCUUCUCGAUUCCUCUGCACCACAAAACACUCUUAGUAAUAUACAAAGGUCGACUUCCUCACAAACUGGAGAAUCUAACCAAACAAAUCGCCUUCCAGUAGGCCUUCCAUCAAGCUGUGUCAAAAAUAGUUUUAUUCCAGCAAACUGUCCACUGGUCUGUUGUGAUGUUGAAGCUUGGUUAGAAAAGAAAAGUUAUGAUUUUACCUUCUUAAAGUCAAAUAAAACCACAGAUGUUGAACAUGAGCCACAUGCCAUGAAUUUUAGCAACAUUUCAGUCUCAUCUGGCAGAAAUGACCAUAUGACAAUGCCUAGCAGAAGAAAGAUGAAUGCAUCAUUCAGACAUUCUGACCUAACCUAUCAGGGAAAAGUGACCAUUGAUAUUCCAAAUAUUGCAAAUGAGCCAAACUAUAAUCUUUUAAUCUCUCUUGGGAAUAGCAGUGCUAAAUCAGGUGUUAGGCCUCUUCAACAAACCUCAAACCAUACUUACAGCCCUCAUGAACUGUCAACAGGUCCAAUAAAACUAAUUACUGAGCAAAGAUUAACAAAGGAAAGAAACUAUAAAAUUCAUCCUAUUUUUUUUUAUCACCCUUACCAUCAUUUUCAACAAGAAAAUACUACUGAAACAAUGAGAAUGAACUCUAAACAACUUGGUCAUAAACAAGAGUCAUCAAAACUGACAGGUGUUGUAGAAUCUCUUAGACUCAAGGAAUUGAAUACCACAAUUGGAGUUGAUUACUGUGUCCAUCAGUGUACUAGUGGUCCCUGGUAUACUUAUGAUAUUCCUGUGUCGCGGUACAUGGCCUUGGACUAUGUAACCCUACAGUUCAAUUUGACACAGGCUUUUUUCAUGGAGAUGUGCACCACUGAUACGCCACUGGUUCACUGUUCAAGUGUAAAAUCUGAUCAUAUUUACUCUCAAAACAAAGAGAAACUCACUUUCUUGGACAGUAACCCUUCAUGGACUCUUCCACUUGGUGUGUAUUUCAGAAGCACCUAUAGAUUUCGUAUUCUCACUAGUGGAGUGGAUACAAGGCCCUGCCUUUUACAGAGCAGUGAUGCUGGCUUUCUCUUUUUGGAAUACAAGUUGAGAUUUCAAAGAGAUUGUGGAAAGUGAUAUACCCUCCAAUGUGCAUUUCUAAAGUGUUCCUUCAGACAGCAAAUUAACCCCUUUAUAUAUGAAAGGAACUUAUCUUUCAUAGUGCUGGAACUCCUGAACUGAAUGAUAUACAUAUCAAACAGCAUAUGUGGGGGUUAAAAGCUCCUAAUACUGAUGCUACAUCCUCUUCAUUUAAGAGUUAUUCCUUUCCAUUUGCAUUGGAAAAUUACAGUUGAAAUUAUUCCAACCAACCAUAUGCCCUGGUGGAGAUAGUAGACAUAACGUAAUGUAUGUGCAGAAUUAGCACAGAA